UAGUUGAAUACCAUAACGGGAUGGUCACCAUGUUCCACCUCUUCUUCCCCUCUGUACCCCCUUCGUUCUUGCGGUCUUCGCCAUGUCGCUCUUCCCGCAGCAGCACGACCUCCAUCUCCAGCAGCAACAGCAGCAGCAAUCCAUUCCCUUCAGAAAUUUUGUGCCGAUUUCUGGACAAAUCUCCGAUCCAAUCUCCUUUUUCAACACCGGAAGCUUCCCCGACCCUCCUCAUCCGUCCGUUGUAAAUGCCCUGGGACUUGCUCCUGGCGCGGCUGUAGCGGCGGACGGAUGGGAGCCAAGAGCGAAGCGUCUUAAGGAGUAUGAUUUGCUAGAGAACUCGCACAUAACGUCCAUCGAUUUUUUGCAGAUGGGUUCGGUUUCCACAGGGCUAGGAUUGUCUUUGGACGACCGGAGGGCGGCGGUUUCUUCUGGGGAGCCUCCGCUAUUGUUGCUACCUAUGGUUGAUGAGGGUAUCCUUCGCGACGCGCAGAGUAUGGAAGCUGAUAUGGACCGCUUUAUCAAGAUUGAGGGUGAACGUUUAAGGCAAUCAAUUUUGGAGAAGAUUCAAGCAAAACAAUUUCAAACACUUGCACUGGUUGAGGAUAUGAUCCACAGAAAAAUAAGAGAGAAAGAUUCAGAAGUGGAGAAUUUGAACAAGAGGAACAUGGAACUCGAGGAACAGAUGAAGCAGUUGGCAACCGAAGUAGACGCCUGGCAGCAACGGGCGAAGUACAACGAGAACUUGGUUAACUUGCUCAAGUAUAAUCUGGAGCAACUUCAUGCUCAGAACAGGAACAACAAAGAAGGUUGUGGUGAUAGUGAGGUUGACGACACGACCUCUUGCUGCAAUGGCGGCAUUGGUUUGCAACUCAUGUUAAAGGAAAACAUCGACUCAAAGGAGAUUGCUUGUAAGGUUUGUAGAGGUAACGAAGCGUGCAUGCUCUUAUUGCCAUGUCAACAUCUUUGCCUGUGCAAAGAGUGCGAGAGCAAACUCAGUUUCUGUCCACUGUGUCAGUCUUCAAAGCUGAUCGGCAUGGAGAUUUUAUCUCUAGUGAAUCUUUGCUGCCUUAUUUGGUGACCUAUCUUCGAUAACCUACUGUAUUAUAUUACGAACUGAGAACUUGGUAGGAGCUGUUCAUUUGAAGUUUGACGACUUCUGGCCACUUUUGACAUUUUUAAUUCUAUGAUUAGAUCAUCAUAAUGCUAAUUAGAAACCUUCUGUAACUUUUUCCUCUGUUUUAAUGUGAUGUGGGAACCUUGGUUCCCCUUGCG